AAAUCAAACACUCCUCCAGAGCAAAUGCGCUCACUGGGGAAAUCAACCACCCCUCCAGAGCAAAUGCGCUCACAGGCCAAGACAAUCAAUGUCAACUAUCCUGGAGAUCAAUGGCUCCAAGUCUUCACUGAUGGUUCCUACAUAGAAAACCAAGCAAACGUUGGUGCCGGUGUCUAUUCCGAACUCUUCUCUUUCUACGCAGCAGCGCGACACAACUGA